AUGGGAUCACAAGGACCUCAAGUUUCUCCACAGCCUCGCAUCCCUAAAUCAGGUGUAUGGUGCCCGGCAGUGACCAUCUUUGACCAAGCUACCGAUACUCUGGACCUAGAGUCACAGAAGAAAUAUUAUGCAUACCUAUCGCGUAGCGGUCUGGCUGGCCUCGUGAUCAUGGGCACUAACUCUGAAGCUUUCCUCUUGACACGCGAAGAGCGUUCCCAAUUGAUUGCAACUGCACGCAAAGCAGUUGGACCGGACUACCCUCUCAUGGCUGGAGUGGGAACCCAUUCUACCAAGCAGACCCUUGAGCUAGCGCACGAUGCCGCUGCCGCCGGUGCCAACUAUCUGUUGGUCCUACCGCCAGCCUACUUCGGCAAAGCGACUAAUAUGAACGUUGUUAAGCGCUUCUUCGCGGAUGUGGCACGCCAAAGCCCCUUGCCUGUGCUUAUCUAUAACUUCCCGGGGGUCUGCAACGGGGUGGACAUUGACUCGGAGACGAUUACAGAGAUCGUUCGGGAGUCUGUUGCCGCCAGCCCUAAUGGAGUCUCGAAUAUUGUCGGCGUUAAAUUGACUUGCGGCUCUGUGGGCAAAAUCACACGCUUGGCUGCAACAUUUAGCCCGACCGAGUUUGCGAUCUUUGGAGGACAGUCGGAUUUCCUUAUCGCCGGUCUGACCGUUGGCUCCGCGGGCUGCAUCUCUGCCUUUGCCAAUGUCUUCCCGAAGACUGCAUCGAAGGUUUAUGAGCUUUUCACAGCUGGUAAGUUGACUGAAGCCAUGGAACUACAGCGGGCCUCGGCGCUAGCUGAGACGCCUUGCAAGGGUGGAAUUGCCUCGACGAAAUAUGCGGUGGCGUUAUACUCUGCACCAGCGGCGGGGAUUGACAACGCGCUGGAGCGACUCAAGCCACGCACGCCGUACGAGGAGGCUGGGCAAGCAGUCAAGAAGACGGUGAAGGAGCUGAUGGGAGCGGUAGCUGUGACCGAGAGCGCAUUGUAG